AACUUGUUCUUUUUUCUUCUCCUCUUGCCGCUGUUACGAUUCAAGAGAUCAACUGUUUCUAAUGUAACUUUAUGGAUGACGGUUUUGGGAAUAUCAAGGUGAUCUCAGAUCAUUUUCAAGUCUCAACUCCUCCCAGGGGAGAUUCUCUCCAAAACAGAAGUUCACCUGAUUCACAACCAAGUACUGGAAAUUCUUCAAGGUCCCGUAGCAGUUUAUGGUCUCGUCAAAGAUUUAGAAAGGCUGCAUUCAUGUUGAAUCUAUUUAGUUUACAAGGCUUGCCAUGGAUUGGUGCUGAUGGUCAGGAAAAGGUUCAGUUGACUGCUGCGGAGUUGGAAUCACUAAGAUCAGAACUUGCCAAUAUAGAAGAGAGAGAAGCUCACUUGAAAGCUCAGUUGGAACAUAUUGAUGAAAUUUUGCGGUCUGCACGUCUUUCUGGCUAUUUGUACAUCCGAACUAGGUGGACAGCUUUACCUGAAGAACCUGCUCCUGUUGACGAUACUGAUGUUGAUGACUGGCUUCCUAGAUUCAUUGUUCUUCAUGGCCAAUGUAUGUUCUUCUAUUUAUUCUCCACAGAUUUGAGCCCUCAAGAUUCCACACUUCUGUCUGAUGUUGUUGAAGUAGGUUCUCUGCCAAGCUUUAUAAGAGAAGACGAAGGGACACAAUACACCUUUUAUAUCUUAACACGUCAAGGGUUGCAUUACGAGUGUUCACAUGUUUCUAAAGUACAGGUGGACACUUGGUUAUCAGCUUUGCAGACAGACUGCAAUAUAGGUUCUGAUGUAAAAGUCCCAAGUGCAACGUAAUACCAUUUACGGGUUCUCUUGGUAACAGUAACCGAUUCUCCGAAUAGAUGAAGUGAAUGGAAAAUAUCACUAUCGGACAAAAGUGUAUGUAUUUGAUAGUUGAUACUCAUCCCAAGUCCAUGUAACAUGGAUCAAAAGUAUAAUAUUGAACACAGCUUAGAUUGAAUUAAUGG